AUGACAGCUAAAGGAAAUUCUGCCAUCAGGGCCUGCAUCCUCAAGACAAUCAAAGAUGCUAUAGGCAGCAGUGAAGUAGCCAAAGACCCUUGUGUCAUAUUUUCUGAGAAAAAUCUAUGCUAUUUGUGCCUAUUUUUUGGACUUCUGGAAGAUGAUGAGGAUUGCAAGAUAGAGGAAGAAAUUAUUAAGGGAGGGACUAAGGACAGAUUUACUCCAGAUGCUGUCACUGUAAAGAUGGUCAUGUCCCCUAAGGUGAAGAAGCCUAUGACUGAGGUAAGGGAAAGGCUCCUAGAACUAAUGUACUUGUUUCUAAAGCUGGGAGACUUUGCCUCAAAAGGCCAAAAACAUUUUACUCGGGUAACCAAAGACAAUUGGAAAUAG